AUGGUGUGCUUCACGAAGCUCUUCUACAUGGUGAACGUGAAACCGAAAGGCCCCGUUCCAGUGGGUGCCCUCGAAUGGCGCAUAAAGGAGGAUGUGCCAACUAAUCUCCGAGCCGUCAAGGUCGCCUCCGAGAAGUUGCCCUGGGAUUGUGAGCAGGACCAAGCUGCCUUGGCAGCCCUUGCUGCCGGGCGUCGGGAACAACAAGCUCGCAUGACCGUGGCACAGGACUGGAUGAGUGACGAGACUCUGGGCGCGUACAUAGGGGACCUGCAAGGAGGAGGAGCAAAGGAGUGCUGCGGGUUGGGGUGGGCUCCGGAGGAUCUUCGGGAGGAAGAGAAGGAGGAAGAGGUGUGA